AUGUUGGAGGUGAUAUGCGUCACUGGGAAGAAAGGGACAGUUAUUUGUGAUGAUCUCGUAUUCGCCAAAAGCGUUUUGAUUCCACCUUCAGAGGGCUUGUUCUGGGUGUACCUGUCGAUUUACGUCAUUCUUGCGAUCAUGGCAGGAGUUUUUUCGGGUUUAACUAUCGGAUUGUUAUCCUUGGAUGCCCUUGGGGUGCGAGUUGUGGCAGAAGGCAGCUCAAGAGAGACGGAAAGGUGGGCAGCGAAGAAGAUUUAUCCCUUAGUGGAAAGACAUCACUAUGUUCUUGCUGCGUUGGUUCUGGGUGCGUCCGUUUGCUUGGUUGGAAUGCCAAUGUUUAUGAAAAAAAUCACUGACGAGUUCACGUCCAUCGUUCUAUCUGUCACUCUUGUGCUGUUCCUGGGAGAGAUUUUCCCGCAGGCCUUGUGUUCCAGACAUGGUCUCAUCAUUGCUGGCUACUCGUACUGGUUCGUGCUGCUUCUGGUGAUCAUCUUCUCCCCAAUCGUGAUCCCCGUUGGGUUUUUUCUGGACAAAAUUCUUGGCCAUGAAAGAGAUACUUUUUAUGGUCGGAGGACUCUGAAGGCCUUGGUAAGCUUGCAUGGUCCGCAAGAAAGGCAUCAAAGGAAGGUAAAGGAGGCGAUCAAUGAUUCUGAUCGCAGUCCGUCUAUCAUGAGUCUGGUUUACAUGGCCUCUGGCAUGAGUAGUAGGAGGGACUCAAGUGAAGAUAUUGGACCAUUGGCUGAAGAUGAAGUUAUGUUGAUUGAAGGCAAGGCAUCCCGGCAAAUCCAUACUAAAAAUUACCAUUUGAUGAAUUUAGGUGCCUUGAGUCUCAGAGAAAAGAACGUCAGCGAGGCGAUGGUUCCUGUGAACCAGGUAUUUAUGCUCAGCAUUGAUGACAAGUUGAACAGAGCAACCUUGGAACUGAUAGGAUUCAAAAAGUUUUCAAGAGUCCCCAUCUAUGAUAACAACAGGACGAAUAUUACUAAAGUUCUAUUGAUCAAAACCCUGCUGCUGAUAAAUCCGGAAGACAAAAUAGUCAUUCGGAAGCUCCCGGAAAAACAUAUCAUUCCUGCUGAUCACAUUGAUGCGGAGCAGAAACAGUAUGAUGUCCUUCAGCAUUUCCAGUCGGGCGUCACGGGUCAUCUGGCUGUAGCUGUUGGGAUAGUGACACUUGAAGAUAUUCUGGAGGAACUUCUGCAAGAGGAAAUAUAUGAUGAAAUGGACAACAUGAGAAGCAUUCCGCAAUCAACUUCAGCUAACGCAUGAGUUGGGAUCAAGGAUGCACUUUUUUUAUCUGCAUGUGAUUUUCCAAUUUUUUUUGGCAGAUGCACAAUAAAUGGCAUUUGUCAUCAUGAAUUCAAUAAAAUUUCAAAUUUUGUUUUAAAAA